CCAGACCCUUUUAUCCGACAUUCAAUGCCACACAAUCUACUCUCGGAUGUCUGCGAGUCUGGCCCUCAGCUGGGCAUUAACCAUCCUCAACUUUGACUAUACCUCUCGUACUCAUUGACGCGGAGAGUAAAGAGGAGGAUGCAUCUGGAGAGCUAGCUUGAAUCAGAGUCAGGGACUCGCUCUGGAAUAUUUGUUGUCACUCAGGGCAACCGACACCUCUCAUCAAUUCCGGUUGUCGGAUGGUGAUCUAGGAUGGACUUCUCGGACUCAGUGCUCAUGUGAUCUCCACGAGUAGAUCUCUGCAUGGAUUGCUAUGAGGUGCCUAUGGUGAUCGAAAAUAUAUAAGAAGGCCGACCUUCUGCUCUCCAGAAUGUAUCCACAACAACUUCUCUUACAGCUCUUACAGCUCUCAUCCAAACUCGAGCCCUUUCAGCACCACUCUACACUCUUUGAUCCAACUCGCAACCAUGCAGUUCACUCGCAUUUCCACUCUUUUCUUCGUCCUCGCUUUCUUCGGCCUUUUGGCCCUUGCCUCUCCAGUCCCAGCUCCGGAACUCGAAGAGCGCUGCUCUUUCGGCUGCAACGACGCCAAUGUCGUCACGAUUCUCACCAACUUGCAAGCUACAGUCAAAACUCACAUCGCCGUUGUCGCCACUCUCGUCGCACAGGCGUCUGUGGACCUCGACGCCUACACCGCCGCCUUCGCCACCAUCGUUGCCGAUAUCAAUGCUGCCGUCACCCUUCUGGUCGCCCUUCCUGUCGGUGUAGUCGGUCUGUCCGCAAUUGUCAUCGCCUCGACGUGCGCCAACAUCUUCAUCCAAAUCUUCGUCGUGGUCAACUCCUGCGCCUCGAUCUCCGGCAUUGCCGGUUGCUACGGCGGCCUGAACGCCUGCCUGCUUGCGCUGCUAGCCGCUCUCAAGGUCUGCCUCGGCAGUACCAUCAUCGGCCCCAUUGCGGGGCUUUGCGCCUCGAUCAAGGUCGUCCUCUUGCUCAGCAUCAACGUGAACGUUUUCGCUGGUCUGUGCGCCGCGCUCUUCCCUUGAAAAGCCAACAGGCUGUGUGGUCCACUUUACCCACUCCCGGGCCACACCGCUCCUUCGAGCACGACUUGUUCACCCCAAAAACGGCGCGAGGCUUAACGGCAUUCUCUCCCCGUGUAUCCGCCUGUUGUCCUGUUUGCUUUGCACUGUUGUUGUAGUAUCAC